AUGAAAAAAAUGACGACCUACGCGGCUUCCCCCGGCUUCAGCGCGAGCGCUGGCGCCGGACAGAGCGGGCGGCGCGACGUCUCCCGGGCCGUGGACAGGCCAACCGACAGAGAUCAAAACCCCGAGGAUGCAACGCCGUCGCCCGCGCUCGAGCGCCCCCCUCCGUCCCCGCAUCGACCGCCUCCGUCCCCGCUCCGGCCACACGGAGGCAUCAAUGGCGGCGCAUUCGUCGCAUUCGUGGGCGGAAGCUUCCGCGGCGCGGUCGAGCGAUCGAUGAGCGAAGACAAGCAUUGUCCUGCGCGCGACAACACACGCCCGCGCAGCGGGGGACGUGGAGCGCGGAGCCUGAGCAGCGCAAUCCAUCAUGUCCGCCGGAACAGCACGGGCGCGCACGCCGCCGGGUUCCAAGGGGGAAGACCGAUGCUGCGCGCCAAUAGCAGCAACUCGUCGGACAACCUGAGAUCUCUGCAGUCGCCGGGAAUCGCGGAGCGCAGCCCCAGCUCCCCGUUUGAGGCGCUCGAAAAGGCGGAGCGCAGCCCUUGCUCCCCGGCUGAAGCGGCAACGGUGGCCGGCGGGCCGCGCAUCGACGCCAAUGCGCGUUCCGGCGUGUCCCAGCGUCCCCGAGCCAUCCCUCGCGGCGCCUCCGCUGCUGCGGCGCAGCCAGACCGAAGGAACGCACGAGACGGAGCCGCUCGAUUACUCCAUCACCCCUAA